AUGUAUGUAUAAACCACAUAUCUGAACCGCACUUAUCUUAGCGCUCUUUACCAGUUAAUGGGAGUUUUCCCAGAUAACAUUCCUCAUCAUUUGGAUUAUGAGAAAUAUUAGAUAUGUAAGGAAGAUUACCUUAGUCUAUUCUAAAGAAGAUAGAUAGACUGCAAAGACAAGUGUCUCUAGCACUUUCUGAUACAUUAAGUAAACGCCACUCAUGAUUUCUUAUUGCAUGUUGAUGAUGAGAAUUGUCCAAGAUUUAGUCUAGUAAAAGAUAUUAUGAAAGACUCUGCUCAUUACAAAAACAUUACUUCUUGGUUUUUAGAUAAUCUAGGCCCUAGAGUAAGAGAUAUUACUAAAUGGAGCAAUAUUACAAUACCUAAAAUAUUAGUGAAUGUUUGUGGUUAUCUGCAAUGGGCACACUAAGAUAAAUUAGAGUUGAACUUUGACUAUACUAAUGAAGAUUUGAAGCACUGCCAUGCAGUUGGGGAUUCUAAGUUAUAUUUUAAGAGUUAUGGUGCUAAUGAGACUUGGAUCUUAGGUUCUUUUGAGUUCUUAAAGCAACUUUAAGAGUUCAUACAUAUAUUAGAUCAUAAUGAAAAAAGUCAAAAUUAGAUUUUUUGGCAAAAAUACUUUAAUAUGCAUUUCCAUUAGAAUUUACCAAAAGACAAGGUACCUUUAUUCCCUAAAUUUAUUCAUUACGCAGCACAUGCUGAGACUCUGUCUCUUUUUACAGAAGGACUAGGCAUGCACAGUCCAAAGAGAGCAUAGCCAGGUUCCGCAUUAUUUAUUGAGUUUUAUAGAGGGGAUGAUGCUUAAAGUUAUGUGAGGUUUUUUAUAAAAAACGAAAAUGAAGCAGAGUAAUUUAUCAAACCCUCAUGGUAAAAAAAUGAUAAGGCUACUACUUAAGAAUUAUAUGACUACAUUCUCUCAAUAAUUUAUCAAAGAGCUCAUGAUGAAAAUUUUAUAGAGAAAUAAUGUGAAAAUUUGAAUUAUGAUAUUGAAUAGCAUUCAAUUUAUUCACCCGAAAAAGCUCUUAACGAACUGAUUCAAGAAUACUAACUUUAUCCAAACAGUUAUUAGUCCUUACAUGCAUAAAACAUUUAGGAGUAAAGAAUUAGACAUGAUUUAUGA